AUGUACACUAUCGAGUCCGGCAGCCUUGCUUCCGGCUGCGACCAGCUACGCCCCGGCGACAGAAUAACCAGCAUCAACAGCGUCCCCGUGGUCAGUUUGACUCGAGUCGUCGACCUGUUUGCUGCGGCCGGCUCCACGGCCCGCCUCGGUAUCAUACGUCAGACCGGCCUUAUCGAUCGUUGCGCAGUGGUAACAACGUUGAACAGCGUCGGUUCCAUUGAGGGGACGACGCUGCCGGUGUCACCUACGCCAACCCGUCAGGCCCAAGGCAGCACAGCCUCCGGCAUUGUAGCAACUGUUGAAGAAGACAGAGCUCAAAGCAUUAGCGGUCAGGCAGAUGGGUCAACCGCAGGGAGGACCAGUGACGGCGAUGGAGCGUGGCGAGGAGCGCUGGCCAGUCAACAGGAGAGGUUGGUUAAUUGCAGGCUUAAAUGA